AGGCGGGCAAGCGUUUGCGCGCAAUUCUCCGAGUCCACCUCGCGGUCACCUUGUUGUCAUCUUACGACCUCCUUGUUCGCCAGCUGCCUCGUCGAGGGUUUAUAGAGUACCUGCACGGUCCGCACGGUUUAUCGCUUUUCAUUUCUCUCGCGUGGUUUUGGAUUAGUACACACAGGCCUCAAGAUGAUGAAAUACAAACAGCAAGGUCUCGUGGCAGACCUGAUGCCGAAUAUUCGGAUCAUGCAGUUCACUGGCCAUUUCUUCUUUCAAUAUUACAACGACGCGGGAGGAAGCAAUAUAAAGUUGUUUCAUAAAAUCUACUGCUUCGCUCACCUUGGCUUGAUCCUCCUACAGUUUUCUUUAUGCGGUUUGAACCUCUUCUUUGAAAGAGAUGACGUUGACGACAUGACCGCAAACACCAUAACGCUCCUCUUCUUCGCGCAUAGCUUAACAAAGCUGAUAUACGCCGCCGUGAGGAGUAAAAUGUUUUAUCGGACGUUGGGAGUUUGGAACAAUCCGAACAGCCACCCUUUGUUUGCCGAAAGUAACGCUCGAUACCAUGCCAUCGCACUAUCGAAAAAUAGACGUCUUUUAACUUGCGUAAUAGCCGCAACCCUGAUUUCGGUUCUCGCGUGGACCGGUCUCACCUUCAUGGGUGAUUCCGUGAAGACAAUCGUCGACAAGGAAACGAACGAGACAACGACCAUCGAGAUACCAAGGCUGAUGCUGCGGUCCUGGUACCCUUACGACGCCAGCCACGGCAUGGCUCACGUCGCCACAUUGAUAUAUCAAUUCUACUGGAUCCUGGUUUGUCUGAUGGACGCCAACAUGAUGGACGUGCUCCUUUGCUCUUGGCUACUUUUUGCCUGCGAGCAGAUCCAGCACCUGAAGCAAAUAAUGAAGCCGCUGAUAGAGCUGAGUGCAACGUUGGACACGGUUGUUCCGCACAGUAACGAUUUAUUCAAAGCUGGAAGUACCGACCACUUGAGAGACAAUCAACCCCCGCCGCCAUCCGAAAACGACGUACUGGACAUGGAUUUGAGAGGGAUUUACAGCAACAGACAAGAUUUCACGGCCACGUUCAGAUCCACGACAGGCCUCGGUUUCAGUGGUGGAGUCGGCCCGAACGGGCUGACCAAGAAGCAAGAAAUAUUGGUCAGAAGUGCGAUCAAGUACUGGGUUGAAAGGCACAAGCAUGUCGUGAGACUCGUAACAGCCGUCGGGGAUACUUAUGGGUUUGCCCUACUUAUCCACAUGUUGAUAGCCACAAUUACCCUCACUCUGCUCGCUUAUCAAGCAACAAAGAUUUCUGGCUUUGAUGUAUAUUCAUUGGGUGUCAUGGGUUACAUCCUCUACAGUCUGGGACAAGUGUUUCUCUUCUGCAUAUUUGGAAACCGACUGAUUGAAGAGAGUUCAUCGGUUAUGGAUGCCGCCUACUCCUGCCAGUGGUACGAUGGAUCUGAGGAGGCGAAGACGUUCGUUCAAAUUGUUUGUCAGCAGUGUCAAAAGGCCAUGACAAUUUCCGGUGCCAAGUUCUUCACGGUUUCUUUGGACUUGUUCGCGUCGGUUGUUGGGGCGGUGGUUACUUACUUCAUGGUGCUGAUGCAGCUCGGCUAAAUCCGCGAUCACCAUCCGCCAUAGAGCUAAAGUGAGUUCUCUUGCUCCCCUAAUUCGCGGGGGGUUCAUUCAAUUGUGGUUUUUUUUUUCUUUAAUUCUACUUGAG